ACUCGUUGGAAGACCCAUUUGCUUGGUUCUUUGGACGACCACCCAUCGGCGACGAGACUGUGAAAGGCUUUUUGGAUUGAAAGAUGGGGCUGUCCUUUGGGAAGUUGUUCAGUAGACUGUUUGCAAAGAAAGAGAUGCGUAUCCUCAUGGUUGGUCUCGAUGCUGCUGGUAAGACUACCAUCUUGUACAAGCUCAAGCUUGGCGAGAUCGUCACCACCAUUCCAACCAUUGGUUUCAAUGUGGAGACUGUGGAGUACAAGAACAUCAGCUUCACCGUCUGGGAUGUCGGGGGUCAGGACAAGAUUCGUCCAUUGUGGAGGCACUACUUCCAGAACACGCAAGGGCUCAUCUUCGUGGUGGACAGCAAUGACCGUGACCGUGUUGUCGAAGCUAGAGACGAGCUUCACAGAAUGCUCAACGAAGAUGAGUUGAGAGAUGCAGUGCUUCUGGUCUUUGCUAACAAGCAAGAUCUUCCAAACGCCAUGAACGCCGCUGAGAUUACUGACAAACUUGGCCUUCACUCUCUCCGUCAACGUCACUGGUACAUACAGAGCACAUGUGCUACCUCAGGAGAAGGGCUCUAUGAAGGACUUGAUUGGCUCUCCAACAACAUCGCUAACAAGGCUUAGGAGAGCAAUUUGUGGGAGAGUCUUGUCUUCUUGGUCUCUGUUUAGUUCUUUCAGUCUCAACACUUUUUUAUCAUUUCGUACUCUGUUCUUCGCUCUCUUAAGUUUUUUUUUCUCUCUCUUAGCAAAGUAUUUGAUUGUUUUUUAUCAUUUUGUCUUGAUGUGCCUUUUUUAACUUUUUUUAUCUAAUAAAUACUACGGGGGGUGUAUUCAACUAA